CUAAAAGCAAAGCCUCGAGCUUAUGCUAAAAGUGGACAAUAUCAUACCAUUAUGGAGAGUCGUAGUUUCUUACAUCCUCGUUAUACUUACUUACACUCAGCACUUCUGCAAUGUACCGAGACCAUCGGCUUUCAUAUUCUUAUAACUCCAAGAAACUAGCCUUUCUUCAGAAGCGUUUUAGGGAGAUAGAAGAUAUUAAAAAAUGCAUUCAGUUUUUCUUUUUUCUAAAGUUACUAAACCUAAGAUCCCCUUUUCUUUUUCCCAAUUUGCAUAACUUUAUUUUUUUCUGAUGCACAUUGGAUGACUCGGACAAUAGAAAAGUAAGAUUCACCAACAAUUUUCGACCCCUUUAAAUGUAUUAGGAGAAUCAAAGAAUGAUACACUAGGCAUCAAGCAAACAUCUCUUCCCCUGCUUAUUGCUAUUGAAGAACAUCCUAGGUGAGUGGCUGCAGAGUUCAAGCCGCUCAAAGCAAGAGCAUUUUGUAUUGCCGAGUUUUCUUUAUCAAUAUUCGAAUAUGGAAGCUUCACUGCAUAGACAUGUUAUUGGAUUUCCACUUGGCUCAGCAGCAUUGCAGGUCGAGCAAUCGGUUAAAAGAAUCUUACCUGAUCUUGCUGGCCAGUACAACAUUUCCCCCUCAGAUGGUAAAUAUCCAUCAAAACAAUGUAGUAAAAUUUCAGUGCUCAGCAGGGUGAAUAAGCUUGGUAAAAAAGCAGACAAGUUUGCACAUGGAGUCCGAGAACAUGUGAGAUUGGGAUCCAACAUCUCAGAAAUUGUUAAGGGAAAGUUGAGCUUAGGAGCUAGAAUUCUUCAAGUAGGUGGUUUGAGAAAAAUAUACAAGCAAUUGUUUAGUGAUGGAGAUAGCGAGAAAUUGUUGAAGGCUGCUCAAUGCUAUCUGUCAACCACAGCUGGACCCAUUGCAGGUCUGCUCUUCAUAUCCACAGAUAAGAUUGCCUUCUGCAGUGACAGAUCCAUCAAAGUUUCUUCCUCCGCAGGAGAGCUAAUUCGAUUCCAUUACAAGGUAGUGAUUCCAGUAGGAAAAAUAGAGAGAAUCAAUGAGAGUGAGAAUGUGAAGAAGCCUUCACAGAAGUACAUAGAAAUAGUUACAGUUGAUAAUUUUGAGUUCUGGUUCAUGGGGUUCUUAAAUUAUCACAAAACUCUUCAAUAUCUUCAAAAUUUGAUCUCUCAAGAAUGCAAGAACUGCUAGAUGCUUGGAAGAGAUUGCUGCAGAAAUGUUCUUUGUCCCCUCCACCAUUUGAACUGGGAGGAAAAGUUCACUAUACAAUUUACUCAAUUGUACAAAUCCUGUUUAUGAAUGAUUGGUUUAGUUGGUGAAAUAAGAUUAGAAAGAGGCUCAACUUGGUCUUAGUUUUGAACUUUGGAUGUCUAUUUGAGCAUGGAAAUGCAAAUGAUUGUUUUUGUCACUUGAAA